UAUAACACGAAUAAACGAUCCAAUACACAUAGUUAUAGUAUCUUCCGGUGUGUAUUAAAUUCAUAACCAUUAUACCGUGAACUUAAUAAUUGUUUUUCUGUGUUAUGGCGUUAAACGUAUACACAGGGAAGGAAGUUGGAAGUAAACAAGAUGUGAUAGACAUUUUUGCUAGUGUCCUGAAAACAGCAUCUUCCAAAUCAAAACCUACGAUACCAUCUGAUGAAAACGAAUAUGAUUGUAGCAAAAGGUUCAGGGGCCUAGCUUUAAUAAUAAGCAACGAAAAUUUCAAAACAUUUACCUGUCGGAAAUACUGUGAUGACGAAAUAAGAUUGAUGCAAGAAACAUUUGGGAAGAAUCUAAAGUUCACAGUUUUAACUUUCAAAGAUUUGACAGCAAAACAAAUAAAUUUGGUUAUGGAAAUAGCCUGCAAACAAACUGAAUUUCAUCAACAAUCAGAUUGCUUUGCGUGUGUUCUUGCAAGCCAUGGUAUCGAAAAACCAAGAACUAUGAAGACACCUGGGUUGUAUUACAGAGAUCAUUGUAUAUGUGGAGUGGAUGAAGAUACAGUGACAACAAAAAGUAUUAUAGAAACAAUCACAGGAACAGAAGCCUUGCAAGAUAAACCGAAGAUGCUUUUCAUCCAGGCGUGUCGGACAAAGAUGGAUAAAACCGCGAAUGAAUCUUGUAUAGACAAAGGACAUGUUUUACCAGUUAAUAUUGCUGUAAAAGAAAAUAACCCAAGCAUUAUUUCAGAUCAUGCAGACAAAGUAAAUAGACUCUCAAACUCUUUGUUUCCAACAAAAAUCAAAUCUUGUGCCAGUGUUACCCCUGGAAACCUAUCUCAAAAAGAGGACAUUGUAGAAGCAAAUAUCCUCCAUAAACUGGGUGAAAUGAUUGGUUGGAGCACAGAUAAAUCUAAGGAUAUGAUGCGUGUUAUAUACCCACCGUGUAGUGAUGAUGUGUUAGUGGUGUAUUCAUCAGCUUCAGAAAAACAAUCGUACGGAAGAGACGAUAAAGGUGGUUGGAUGCUCAUUUCUCUACAUAAAGCGAUGAAAGAACAACUUCGCAUUCAAAAGAAAACAAAUCGCAUCGAUGUAAUGGAUGUUUUAACCUUUAUGACAAAAGAAGUUUCAAAUUCAGAGACUUUUCAGACAAGGUUUCCUGAAGGAACAGUUAACCCAAAACGUAAAGCUACAAUUGUGUUUGAACACUGUUUACACAGAGAGCUAUAUCUUUAUAACAGUACAGAUUGAUUUUUUAAACAUUUAUUAGAAUCAAUAGCAUUCAUGUAUCGCCAUGUAAUGAUGUAUCAUGCGUCAAGUUUCCAUUUAGGGUAUUUAAAGACAAUGGUGCCUCGGCGGGCGAGUGGUAUAAGUAGUUACUACUAGUGUAAUCACUAGGUUGUGAGUUCGAGCCCCCGCUGUGCAGGUGGACUCGACUUCAAUCUUCAUUGACUAUGAAUGUCAGUUUUACUUUCGAAGGACCAUGGUUUUCUCCGGGCACUUUGGCUUCAUUCACCAAUAAAAUGUAGCCAUUACGAAAAAGACCAAUAACGGUGCUUAAAAGAAAAUGCAGGAUCCCUAAAAGAUAAUAUAGAAGAGAGUGUGAGGCUGCACAAAAAGAAAAAAAUCUACAGGUCUAAGAAUAUGUACAACGAUACCAACUGGAUAUAUACAUUGUAUAUUAAAAAAAAACAAGAUACAUUUUCAAGGAGAAAAAAUAUUUCUACCCAGAAGAUUUUUUAAUGAGAUAGUGGUUGAUGCACGAGUUGAGAUCGGUCGAAAGUCAUAAACUUCACAGUUCAAACAAAAUGUUAUACGAAAUCAUAUAAUCACCAAUUAUGUUUGAUUUAAUGUUGGUUGUGUUCCUCUACAUCAUAUAAUUGUUGUACAUACUUCAUAACGCUAUUGACACAUGUAAUAACGUAUUUCAAUCCUGCAUACAAGUACCUAUUGAUAUGCCCCCAGAUAGAUCACUUCUAAAGGCAGAAAGCCAAAGAUUGUAUACAUUGUUCGAUCUGCUACAUUUACUGGCUAUGCAUAUGUUUGAUAGUCCUUUAAAAUUGAUACUAGAUUUUCCCCAUUAGGCAAUAGUAAUUCAAACCCAUAAAACAAUAUUGGAAAGACAAAUGUUUGUAUAAGACUUUUGACGGUUACAGGGUCGAUUCAUUUUCUUUGUAAACAUAAUUGUUUAGGUAAUCAUUGAUGCAUUAAACAAAACGAUGGUAUACAGACAUUCCAUCCUAUAGGC